AUGCCUGCCCCCGUUUCCCUUGGUUCGUAUUCCUUCGUCGCAGAGACAAAGGAAGAUCUCGAUUGGGCGGAACUAGUCACUCUCGAUCUUGCCUUGUACCAUACACCAGAGGGCAAGAAAGAUCUUGCCGCCUUUCUCAUCAAGGCCCUGCGGGAAAAGGGGUUCUUCUACGUGAAGAACUUCAAUAUCUCUCAAGAGGCGGUCAACAGGCAGUUUGCGCUAGGGAGAGAGCUCUAUGAGCUACCUUUGGAGGAGAAGCUCAAGUACGUUCCCCAAGGAUUAGAUGAGGGUCAGUUCAAUGGCUACGUUCCUGCCGGUCGUCGACUUUUGGAGCCCACUGAAGGCAUAAGAGAUCGCGUAGAGGUCUAUAACAUUCCAAAGUUCAAUGGUUCUUUCAAGCAUCAGCACCCCAAACUCAUCCAGGAUCACAUCGAGGAGAUCGAGCAAUUCGCUAGGGCUCUCCACAGUGAGGUCUUGGAUCGUCUCCACGUUCUUCUCGCCAUUGCUCUCGAGCUUCCUGAGGAUUACUUCACAAAAAUACACCAAUAUGAAGUAAAGAGCGAGGAUCAUCUCCGCUACAUGAAGUACGGUAAGAUGUCGCCGGAGGAGAACCAGAAACUCGGGAAUAUUUGGGGCGGCGGUCACACCGACCUCGGGUCGUUCACCCUUCUCUUCCGCCAGCCCGUAGCAGCCCUUCAGAUUCGCGACCCCGUUCAUAACCAGUGGAAAUGGGUCAAGCCUCAGGAUGCUACAUUGACUGUCAAUGCCUGUGAUGCAUUGUCUUUCUUGACUGGCGGCUACGUCCAGAGCACGGUUCACCGCGUCGCAGCCCCUCCGAAAGACCAGCAGCAUGUUGACCGUCUUGGGCUGCUGUACUUUUCUCGCCCGCACAAUGAUAUUCUUCUCCGCACUGCUCACGAAUCGCCAGUGCUCCAGCGUGAAGGGUUCACCCAAAACGUAUUCGAGAAGUCAGGAAACCCUGUUCCUACCACCGAAGCGUGGACGUUUGCGAAGCAGAAAUGGCAGCGCACCAAGGGUGCGUACACGUAUGACCCGACGUUCAGAACCGCGGUCAUUUUGCCUGGCUAUCAAGAGAAGCUCUACGAGUGA